AUGACAAAAAAAAACCACGAGAAGAUUAAGAAGUUCGUGUCAACUACUGACUGCGGGCCAGGCAAGAGACAGACACUCAAGAAAGCUGAACAUCCAGAAGUGGAAGAAGCUUUGUACAUGUGGUUUCUUCAGGAAAGAAAUAGGCAUGCACCAAUUUCGGGACCCAUGUUGGCCAUGAAAGCUAAGUUUUUUUAUAAGGAAAUAACAAAAAAAGAUGAUUUUGUGGCCAGCGAAGGAUGGCUAGAAUUCAAAAACAUUGAUUUACCUGUACACUAUUACGGACAAAAAAGUGCAUGGAUGACAAAAGACCUUUUCAAAAAGUGGUUUGAUGAAUGCUUCGUACCUGAAGUUAGAAAAUGGUUAAAAGAUCAUAAUUUUCCUCAAAAAGCGUUGUUGCUUCUUGAUAACGCUCCCGGUCAUCCGUCUGAAGAAGAACUGACAACUGAGGAUAAAUGCAUCACUGCGAUAUUUCUUCCGCCAAAUUGCACUGCACUGAUUCAACCAAUGGACCAGAACAUCAUUCAGUUUGUUAAGCAAGACUAUAAAAAAAACCUACUUCUGAGAGCCGUAUCAAAAGACCAACCAAUAGAAAAAACUUUAAAAGAAUUUAAUAUGAAAGACUUGGUUUUUGCUCUUAGUCAGUCAAGGAGUGCGUUAUCGUCAUCAACUAUUAAAUCGUCUUGGAAAAAGUUAUGGCCAGAUAUAGUCACCACUCCUAGCAACGAUCCACAAAUCAGUGUAACUUCAGAAUUUAUAGAACAAGUCGCUACUGAAACACAGAUAAGUCCGGACGAUUUGGAAAUCUGGUGCCGUGGAAUGGAUAAAGAAGAAAAUGUUUUUCAUGAAAUGUCUGACGAAGAUAUUAUUAAAGAGGUUUCUAAUUAUACAACAAACAAUCAGGAAGAUAACGACGACGUGAUUGCAACUGCUUCACAAGUCACAGAACAAGACGCAGUUAACGCUUUUGAGCUAGGUUUACAAUGGGCUGAAGAGAAUGGUACAUCCUACAACGAACUUUUACUUUUGAGAAGACUGAGGGACAAAGCUCUGAUCUCACGUUAUAACAACCUUAAACAAAAAAAAAAUGAUGAAUAUUUCAAAGCUUCAUAA